AUGCCCAAUCUUGUCAAACCCAGAGCUGGACCUUCAUCUGCUCAGCGUUCUGCAUCAAAACCGCAGAGGCGAGCAUCACAGGCUCCUGACAGCAGUGCUUCACUUCAGAAGGAUUCCUCUCCAUCAGAAAAGAGUAACAUUGAAAGCUCCUUGAAGUCUCCCAUGCUGCCCGAAAAGAAAACACCUGUGCCACAAGUGCCACAGUUUUCCCCGCUAAAAAAAUCAGUGAACAAAGAGCAAACUGUAGGUGUAGCCGCUCAAAAAAAUGAUGAUACCUUGCAGAAGAAUGUACCCUCCCCACUCAAGGAGAGACCAACACAGGAAAGAUCGGGAACACAAGAAGAAAAGCUACCUACAAAAUCUGUUCCUGUAAAAGAGAAACGAAUAUGUUCUGACCGUGAAAGGAUCCUCAAAGCUCGGAAGUUAAGAGAAAUGCUUAAAGAAGAGCUGAAGAAAGAGCGGAAACAGUUGAAACACAGGCCUCCAGUAAUUGAAGGACGUUCUCCACCAGAUCGUUCUAAAAUGACCAUGAGGGACUUGAUAUACUAUCUGCCAGAAAACAAUCCUAUGAAGUCUUCAUUGGCAGAAGAAAAGAGAACAGAAAAAAAUUCUGCACUGGGUCAAAUGAAAGAACAGGAAGAGAAAAAUACUCCUGGUCAUGAAGAGGAAGAUGAGGAGGAAGAAGCAGAGAACGGGGAAGAGAGUCAGGAUGGCCCACUUCUAGUUCCUCGUGUGAAAGUAGCAGAAGAUGGUUCAAUUAUUCUGGACGAAGAAAGUUUAACUGUAGAAGUUUUAAGAACAAAAGGUCCAUGUGUUGUAGAAGAAAAUGAUCCCAUCUUUGAGCGUGGCUCUACAACUACAUAUUCCAGCUUCAGGAAAAGUUUUUACACGAAACCAUGGUCAAAUAAAGAAACAGACAUGUUCUUUUUAGCUAUCAGUAUGGUAGGAACAGACUUCUCCUUGAUUGGACGGCUGUUUCCUCAUAGAGCCAGAGCAGAAAUUAAGAACAAGUUCAAACGUGAGGAAAAAGCUAAUGGAUGGAGGAUAGACAAAGCUUUCAAAGAAAAGCGGCCUUUUGAUUUUGAAUUCUUUGCCCAGCUGCUUGAGAAGGUCUUAGCAGAUGAGGAAAAGAGGAAGCAGAAGACUGUUAAAAGCCAGAAGCCAAAGGAAAAGAAGCCAUCAAGGCCUCGGAAGAAGCCAAAAGGUACUAUAGCCUUGAUGCAGAUUUGA